AUGGAAUAUAAUUCUGACGAUGUAAAAGACGUAUUAAUUUUAAAGCAUCAUACAUAAUCUACUCGUUCAUGCAAUUUUUCUCCUAAUGGUUUACUAUUAUCAUCAGGUUCUAAAGAUAAUUCAAUAGCAAUAAUAGAUACUAAUGGCUAAAUAGUAUUGCAUUAAAAAAAUGCUCAUAAAGAGCCAAUAAACUUAGUAUAAUUCCUAAAUGAUGAUGUAUUAAUAAGCGGAGAUGACAAUGGUACUAUAAAAAUUUGGGAUUUAAAAAGUUCCUAAUGCGUAUAUGAAGGUAAAGAAUAAACAGAAACAAUUACAGGAGUAACAGUUUCUUAAGACUUUAAUUUUUUAUUAACAACUUCAUUAGAUGGAUCUUUAAGUGUAUAUGAUAUUCGUAAAGCAAAUAGUUCAAAAGAUAAAUUAUAUGCAUUAAGUGAUUGUAUGGAGGAAGAUUUAACUUCCAUAUGUUUAGUUAAAGAUGGCAAAUUUGUUGCUACUUCAUCUUCUGAAGGCAAUAUUUUAUUAUUUAAAUGGGAUUGGUUCGGAGAUUUUAAAGAUAGGGUAUUAUUGAAUACAGCAUCAAUUGAUACGAUGAUUAAAUUGGAUGAAAAUACGCUUAUUACAGGAGGGGAAGACGGAUUUGUGAGAGGAGUGAGUGUUUUUCCAAACAAGCAAUUAUAAAUAUUAGGAGAACAUGAAGAAGAUGACAAUUUCCCAAUCACGAAAAUCGCGUUGUCGCAUUGUAAAAAUAUACUAGCAUCGAUUUCACAUGAUAACAGUAUAAAAUUUUAUGAUGUUUAACAAUUUGUUAAUAAAAGAAUGAAAAUUGGACAAAAUACUUGGGAAGGAUAUGUUAGUGGCGAUGAAAAUGAAAGUAAUAGUGUAAUUGAUGAGGAAAAUAAAAGUAAGAAAGGAGGUAAGAAUAUAGAAGAAAAUGAUAGCGAAUUUAGUGAUAUUGAAGAAGAAGAUAAUGAUAAUGAUGAUGAAAAUGAUUAAAAAAAAGAUAAAAUAAUUAAUAAAAAAUUAAGACUUUCUGAUAAGGCUUUAAAUAAAGUUAAAUAAAAAUAAAAAAUUUAAAAGUUUUUUAAUCAUUUUUGAUUUGUGUGUUAUUUAUUUGAAUUUUAAU